AUGGGCAUCAACUUCAACGCCCAGUACGCCUCAGGAUCCAUCAAUUAUGGCAGACAGCGUCAGACAGGCAGUCAGGACUUUACCGGCCGUGGAGUUGAUGUAUCGAGCUUGGCGUGGACGGCCAGAGGCGGCAACUCGUUGUUAUGUGCAAAGUGGGUCGCGCCGGAUCUUGAUCCGCCCGGAUGGGCACGCAGUGUCGCAAAUCCAAAACAUUGGAGAGUUAUCGAGCAAGAGAGAGUUGUUACUCUCCAUGAGCUCAUUGGGCGAUUCGAGGAGUGGAAGGAUAUCCCGAAGCUGUUCGAAGACAUUGCUCAACAGAGGAUCAAAUCUGGUGGCCGAGAAAGGCCGAAAUGGCGCAAUCAGAUACGCCUUCGAUUAGGCAAUAAUAGACUCGCAUGGAAUGCUCUCGACAACAAGUCACUCGAGGUGACAGGAGACUCACCAGAACAGGGGGCUGGUGAACCUCUGUUCACUGUGCUUGGAGCCAAUAUUGGUGACCAAAGCGCGGUCCCGUUCUUGCCAACACUGCCGACCGAUUACCCGGUGUACCUGCUCGCCGGCAAUGAGUUUCACAGGAACCCUAAGCUAAACAACCAGAUCCAAGGCAUCUUUGUUGAUGAGGGUGGAAAGAUUAAGCCGGAAAUGGUAGAAAGCAAGCUCAGGCAGGUUACGCGUUUCUCGAUCCGCCUGGCCGGCCAGGAAGGCUGCUGGCGCAAAUACAACCAGCAACCGUUCGAAACCAUCCAGUCAGGCGAUAAAGUGAACCUAUACUGCCACUCGGUGGGAGUCGGGCCCUAUGCCAACAUCGAGCAUCCACCUGAGAUUGCCACGCCGGUUCUUUAUUCUCCCACAGAGCGAAGGCUGCUGCUUCCAGCUUCACGCCGAACCCUUCUGAACAAUGGCAGCUUGCGUGAGAUACUACGGCAGUAUGAUGAAGGGACUCUCCCGGUCGCGGACAGAAUGGCAUUCGAGAUGAAAGGCCACCUUACCAGCGAUGACAGGAUUGGGAAGAUCAAGGCCGAUGGAGGCAACUUCCAGUCGCGCAUUCUAGCGGAGUUGUCAUACCCCAGCCCGAUGGCGGCCAGGGCGUGUUGGCAGAAAUUGUCGCAGCUUACAGGGGAAGGGCGUUCUGGUCCAGAGAGAUUCACCUGGACGCCCUAUCUGCCGAACGAUGUUGCAUUGGCAGUGUUCACCAUCACCUUUGAGUGA